ACUGACGAAGUAGUUGCACUGCGCAAGUGUCCUAGAAAAGUGAGGUGUAAGAGCGAUUGAGCGAAUUUACAGGGCAGGAACUAUUGACAGCUAGUGAGCACCUUCCGUUUGCCAGCGAGAAUCCCAUGCUGUCAUAUUAUAUCCCAAGCGGCAUUCCGUACGAGACGAGCACGUCCAGCCGUUCGCAUGGGUGUGGCCCACAAUUCAAAGAUACAGUAUACCUCAGCCGUGCGAGAGAACUGUUGUCGGAAAUUUGGCUUGUUGGUUCGCGUACUUGUUCACACUAGUGGCAUCAUGCUAGAGUGGUCUUCUCCUAGUGCGCGCUACUUCUAUGGGACAUUAGCGUGGCAUAUACCUAAACCAGCCCGAAAAGUUGGCGACCGUCGGAGUGUCCGACAAGAAAUCCCAAUGCCGACGUACGAGCAUGAGUCAGGACGUCAAAUACUUUUGCGAGAUGACGUAGGGUACAUGUGCACGCAGGCUGAGUUGACAAGAGUUCGUGUACUAGUAUCAACUAUGUUACCCUACCCUGCACACAACCUCGACGCUUCUUUCCGACCCAAAUCUAGGAGACGCAUGACCACGGCCAUCUUGCAACAGCGUCCAGAUUCGCAAUGGGGUGAUUGCAGAGCUUGCUCUGACCGUCAUGGGCACUUGGUCUAACCGUAUGUAGGACGUGACCGUGCGAUCUUGUCCAAGGACUAGAGCCCGACGAGCUCGUCUUGUCGACAGGCGCCUUUGUGGAGAAUACUAUGCGCGGGUGGAAUGUUGUCCUUCAUCCUAAUUUGCAGUGCAGUAGUCGUGCUGCCGCUUGGGUAGCGCGUGAUAUGACCUUUCU